CUCACGCAAGCAGACCCUCACAAACUGAGCUUGAGAGAGUGCUCAGGGCUAAACAAAAGAUGAUCACUGCAGAUGAUUUCUACAAGGUCAUGUGUGCAAUGGUGCCUCUGUAUUUUGCAAUGCUGGUUGCGUAUGGAUCAGUGAAAUGGUACAAGAUAUUCACACCAGAGCAGUGCUCAGGGAUCAACAGAUUUGUUGCUGUUUUUGCAGUCCCUGUGCUGUCUUUCCACUUCAUCGCUCAAAACAAUCCAUACCAAAUGGACACCAAGUUCAUACUGGCUGAUACUCUUUCGAAAGUCUUAGCCCUUGUUCUGCUCUCAGUGUGGGCUGUUUUCUUUAAUGGAGAAUUUGACUGGCUUAUCACUCUCUUCUCAGUCGCUACUUUGCCUAACACACUUGUCAUGGGCAUUCCUUUGCUCAAGGCCAUGUAUGGAGAUUUCACACAGAGCCUCAUGGUGCAAGUGGUUGUUCUUCAAUGUAUAAUAUGGUACACGCUUCUGCUCUUCCUCUUUGAAUACAGAGCUGCAACCCUCCUAAUCAAAGCCCAAUUUCCCGGCCCCACAGCAGCCACCAUUUCCAAAAUCGAACUCGACGACGACGUCAUCUCGCUCGACGGCAGGGAUCCACUCCGCACAGAAUCAGAAACAGACGGCAACGGACGCAUACGAGUCCGCAUCAGACGGUCCACAUCUUCGGCUCCAGACUCCGCUCUAUCAUCCUCCAUAUGCCUCACUCCUAGACCAUCAAACCUCUCCAACGCCGAAGUUUUCUCCGUUAACACCCCUGUACCACUGCACGAAUACCAUGGUUAUAAUGGUCAUUUCAGUCAUGGACCCAACAAUGAGAUUGUGCUAUGUAAUGGUGACUUGGGAUUGGCAUAUCGGUCUGGAACGAGUCCGAGGUUGUCAGGAUACGCGUCGUCUGAUGCUUACUCACUUCAACCGACACCACGUGCGUCCAACUUUAACGAAUUGGACCUAACUAAUGCAACGAACACGCCUUUUUGGGUCCGAUCUCCGGUCGCCGGUAAAAUUUACCGGCAGCCAUCUCCGGCGGUUCCUGAAGUCAAGCUAGUCUGGGGUGAGUCGCCAGUAAUAUGUCCAAAUGGCGGCGGCAAAGAUGUGCCAGGCAAGGAAAUCAGCUUCAGAGACAGUUGUAAAAUGCCAGCACCAGAGGAAUCGAAUUCGAAGGAAUCAGUGAGCAACCAAGAAAUGCCGCAUGCCAUUGUCAUGAUUAGACUUAUACUUGUUGUGGUAGGGAGGAAGCUCUCUCGAAAUCCAAAUACAUACUCGAGUGUCUUGGGGCUUCUCUGGUCUUUAGCCUCUUUCAAAUGGAAUGUGGGAAUGCCCAGCUUGGUGAAAUAUUCAAUAAAAAUAAUUUCAGACGCAGGUCUUGGGAUGGCCAUGUUCAGUUUAGGGUUGUUCAUGGCUCUUCAGCCUCGGAUAAUUGUAUGCGGCAAGAAAAGGGCAACAAUGGCAAUGGCAAUCCGAUUCAUUUGUGGACCAAUCGUAAUGUCGACAACUUCGGUCGCUGUUGGAAUGAGAGGAGUGCGGCUCCGUGCGGCCAUAGUGCAGGCAGCUCUUUCACAAGGGAUUGUGCCAUUCGUCUUUGCAAGGGAAUACGGGUUGCAUCCCGAUAUAAUGAGUACAGGGGUAAUCUUCGGCAUGUUGGUUUCCUUGCCGGUAACCCUCAUCUACUAUAUAUUUCUAGGCCUGUGAGAAUAAGGAAAGGUUAGGUAAUCACCGACGUUGAAGAACAUAUAUAUGGAAGAAGGAAGUUUUCCACCUUCAUAUCGAUCAUAUAUAGGACAAAGUGAUGUCAUUACAGCAUGCUAACCCGUAAUGAUGUUGGAUCUGGUCAUUAUAUAGCCUGCAAUUGGCAAGAUCAGUGGUACCUCUGAGAGCUGUAAGCGUUCCCGGGGACAGAGACUCGCAGAGGGUGGAUAUUCAGUAGCCAAAAAUACACGGUUAUAUUAGAUUGUCGUAAGAAAAUAUGUUAGGACAUGAACAUGGAGUAUCUUCGUACAUGGACUAGUGGUAGCCGAAAGGAAAAAAAUGGAUAUCAUUGCUUAUCAUGAAGGCAGGAGACUCGGAUUUUCAUGUUUAGAGUAGGUAAAGUUAAUGGAUCCCAGUAUGUUUGACUCGAUGAAAGAUGAAAAGAGCCGAAGUUGUAUCA